AAUUUAAUCCCGAUUACUGCACUCUUUCUCUCUCUGCUUUAGAAUCAUGUCAGAUUGGGAUGCAUUGAGAAGCUUCUUACCAACUAGCUUUGGUAAACAGGAAGAAAAGAAAGAUUUCACUCAAGAGUUUGAAAAGACAAAGCGAGAGGCCGCUGCUGCGAAAUCUAAAAAGGAUCAAUCCAAUGGAAAGAAGGAUGAGCAGAAAGACAACAAACCCUUAGAAAAACAAUCUGACGAUGAGGAUGAAGAAGAGGAUGAAGUAGAGGAUGCAGGAUACAGCUUUUCUGAAUCACCUCCCAUUUCUCACGAGAUCAAGCUUAACGAUCACUUCCGUGCUGUUUCAGCACUUACCCUCGAUCCAGCAGGAGCUAGAUUGAUCACUGGAGGAUAUGACUAUGAUGUCAAGUUUUGGGAUUUUGCGGGCAUGGACAGAUCUUUCAAACCUUUUAGAACCAUUCAACCUUGCGAAGACCACCAGAUUCACGAGCUUCAGUACUCUCUCUCGGGUGACUCAUUCCUUGUGAUUGCUGGAAACAAUCGUGCUAAAAUAUUCAACCGAGAUGGCUUCGAGUUGAGCGAGUAUGCAAAAGGUGAUCCAUACAUCCGUGACCUGCGACACACGGAUGGUCAUGUAGGUGCUCUCACGAGUGGUACAUGGCAUCCUAUUGAUCGUCAGUAUUUUGCUACAUCCUCUCAAGAUGGAACUGUUCGUGAAUGGGAUGUUGAAAAAGUAAGAAAGCAAAAGACGACAAUUGUAUAUAAAUCACGCGAAAGAGGAGGUCGUUCGGCUUGUACUGCCCUUGCUUACAGUCCAGACUCAAAAUUGAUUGCUGGUGCAUAUCAAGAUGGAACACUUCAGUUUUGGAAUAUGACAAGCAACCUUUUGAGGCCAGCAGUAUCCAUUGCAGAUGCUCAUCAAAAGGGCACAGAGACAGCAUCUGUGUUAUUUUCAAAGGAUAAUCAUACUGUUGUCACACGGGGUGGUGACGAUUCUGUAAAAUUGUGGGAUAUCCGUAAUGCCAAGAAGGCCGUAAAGACAGCUUAUGGAUUGGAUAUAGUGAACCCUGAAGUGAAUGUUAUCUUUAGUCCUGAUGAAAGAUUGAUCUUGACAGGCACAUCUUGCCCCAAGGGCAAAGGAUUCGGUAAGCUGGUCAUGUUGGAUAGGGAUACACUUGAGAUACGCGAAAGCAUAGAUGUCAAUCAAUCGAGUGUUUUGAAGGUGCUAUGGCAUCCUCGCAUUAAUCAAAUCAUUACUGGUAGCGCUGAUGGAACUGUUAGUGUUUAUUACAGUCCAGCUCAUUCACAUCGUGGUGCCAAACUAUGUGUAGUGAAGGCAGCUAAGAAGCGGGCGGUUGAUGAUUAUGAAGUGGAACGACCUAUUAUCACCCCUCAUGCAUUACCUAUGUUUAAGGAAGACGAAGCAAGAACGAGCAAUAGAAAGAAGGCCAAGUUACGCAAUGAUCCCAAGGCAUCACACAGACCCGACCUUCCUGUCAGCGGUCCUGGUAAAGGCGGUCGUGUCAAUAUGAAUCAGCAACAAGCUGUUAUUAAAUCAUUUGCUAAAGAUACCACAAGAGAUGAGGAUCCUAGAGAGGCGCUUCUCAAGUAUGCCAAUGUUGCUGAGAAUGACCCCGUUUGGGUAUCUAAUGUCUAUAAAAAGACACAACCCAAGCCUAUCUUUGCUGAAGAUGCCGAAGAAGAAGAAGAGGAGGAAGAUAAAUAAAUCAUUUUCGUACAUAAAGCAAGAACUCAUAUUCAAAAUCCAUAUGUCUUUGCUUUCCUUUUGGGAUAUCGUUUUCUUGUAUAUAUUCCUGCAACUCAUCAUGUGUGGCUAGUCU